AUGACGGUCUUCGUGGUCUCGCUUUUCCUUCCCUAUACCAUUGACUUCCAAGCUACUGAGCUGAGGCAUGCUCGGCGCAAGUCAUCCACCAGCCAGUCCGUCGACAGUGACCGGGUUGUCGGUAGACUGGCAGAGUCACGUCGGAGAGGUCAUAAGAAAAGUCUGAGCCUCUCUCUCACACCCGGUGCGACGACCGAGGAUGAGAGGAUUUUCAAAUCCUACGUCUCGCACGCUGCGGGCGAGCUUGCCACCGCCGACGAACCCAAUGGACCGGGUCCCAGUGAUCCUCGCCCGGUUUCGUGGGGACGCAGUCGCAAGUUCAAUCAGCCCCGUUCUAAAGCGACCAUUCCCCCGGGAUCGUCGAUUCUCAGUCGGCCAGAACCCAGCGAUGACCUGGUCCUGACAAUGCCCCCAUACGUGGAGAAUGCGCUGGUAACCCCAGACUCCGAAGAGGACCAUGGAAGCCCACGCGCCUUACUCUCCGACGACUGGGUCGUGAAAGCAGCAGAACAAGGCAACGGAGGUCUGCGCAAUGCAGUCAACGCAGCUGAAGAGAUCGGAUUGCUCCCGGACAAGAUGUGGGUGGGUACCUUGGGCAUGCCUACCGACUCGCUCAAGGAUGCGACGCGUGCUAGCAUUGCGGAGACUCUCGAGGAUGAGUUUGAGUCGCUUACUGUUUUUGUCGGCGAUGAUGAAUUCGAAGGUCACUACUCACACUUCUGUCGUGCGGUCCUGUGGCCGGCCUUCCACUAUCAGAUGCAAGAGAGCCCCAGACAUACAGAAUAUGACGACUACUCGUGGAAGCAGUAUGUCAAAGUCAACGAGGCGUUUGCAAACACCAUAGCUGCCAACUGGCGCCCCGGUGACAGUAUCUGGAUCCACGACUACCCAUCUUCUGCUUCUACCGUCUAUGCUCCGCGAACGAAUGCCCACAAGCAGAGAUCGGCUUCUAUCUCAUUGGGUUCCAGACCCGAGGAGUACUGCUACCACUUCCUCCAGUCAUGCAGUCGACUUCUCAAAUUAGAGGUGUCCGUCGAUGGCGUCCGACUGGCACGCCGUUUUAUUCAUGUGAAGAACCAGCCCAUGGGAAUUGAUACCAGAGCCUUGGAUGUGCUGCGCGAGGCAACCGAGGUCAAGGAUUGGAUAGCGAACAUUGGCUCUCGGUACAAGGGCAAGCAUCUCAUAGUCGCGCGUGAUCGACUGGACGCACCCGGUGGUAUCAAGCAUAAGCUCUUGGCUUAUGAGAUGUUCCUGAAGAAGUAUCCAAAGUGGAGAGACAAUGUCGUUCUCAUCCAAGUCGCCUCUACUCUUCCUUCGACAGGACAUCAGCUACUCUCAGUUCUUGGCGCUACUCAGCAUGGCCGAAAUCUUCAUGGUGACCAGCCUGAGAGAGGGCAUGAAUCUGACCUGCCACGAUUACCUCCACUGCCAAGAUGGCAAACUGACAUCCCAGCGCCAUGGCUCCCUUAUUCUUAG